AUGGAGACAGAUCCAAGGGAUUCCAAGAGGCAGAAGCUCUCACACGGACCCUUUCAGAGUGGCUUUCACGAACGUUUGCAAUCACGAGGGAAGACACCAACGGCUGCAGUGAGGAAAAAGCACGCCCGUCCUCAACCGCCACGCGGGCGUCACCCACCGAAAGUAAGGCGUCAACGGGCGGAUCGAUCCAGCACUGGAGCAGAUGCCAAGACCAAUAUCAGGCAUUCGGCUACAGCUUUGAGCUCAAACUCCGAGGGCAAUGUUACCGCUCUGUCAUUCGCCAAAAAUCUGCUUGACAAGCUCUGGGUCCGGAACAAAAACCAACAUCGUACGCAGCCCUGGUGGAGAACGCUGUCCUCUCUCCGGAAGGGCACCUCUCGCCUUAUGGCAUUGGAGGAUGAGGAGCGACGACUCAAGUCCGAGAGCCAAUUGCUAGGCAGCCACAGCCGUGGCCAUCAUGUCAGAAAGCGGUUUGAACGGGAAAGCCAACUUCGCACCGAGAAGGAAGCGUGGGUGCAGUGGGUACGUGAAGUCCUGUUGCCAAAGGCGUAUAUUGGCUUCUCAAGUUUGGUGGGAGACACUCAGUUCGCGAAUCUGGGCGUCGUGCUGGUAGGCGUGCUCGCUGAUAUUGUGAGCGUGACCGGUGCCCCCGAACCUGCCAGAAGAAGCGGCGACCGCCUAGGAGGUACCAAGAUCACGGAAACGCAGAACCUCCGAGAAGUGGUCGCUACUGGUGAGGCGACGAGUCUGCGGGUGACGGGACCACACAGCGGUGAGCUAAUCGAGAGACAAUAUGAUAGUGAUGACGUGGGAGAAAUCGUGGAAAGGAAUACGAGCGAGGACGAUGCAAAGGAAAGGCAAAACAUCCGCUCUGACAAAAACAAGAAGGUAACAAACACUCCGUCUGACGGGGGUCACUCGAGGAGGGCCGGUCCGACGGCAGUUAUACCGAAGAUACCGGAAGAGGGAAAACCGAGGCCCCCAACAAAUCGCCUGGCGUCAGCUUGGCCCCAUCCUGCUGUUGGAAGAAUGAUAGUCCCCGACGAGACGGUCGCUCAGGGAAAGAGCGAGACCACUAUCAACGGUGCCGGGAGGGUUGGCAAGCUCAAGCAAGGGAAGGCCAGGAAGAAACAUAAGAACGCAAUAGAUGAUCUAUUCGCUGGCCUCACUUGA